UUUCCCUUACUAUGCAUUAUCGCUUCCACGACGCUUCCACGGAUCAGCGAUACGCGAGUGGGAGUGUAGCCUAUAUGCGUUGGAACUGUUCCCUCGGCUAAGGGUGCAUGCGUACAAGCCGCUCAUUCAAGCAAACAGCGCCCUUAGAUUAAAUGAGCCUCAUUUGGAGCGAACGUCUCAGUUCAACCCAACAACGCGCUCUGCUCUCUUCCAAGCAACGUCUCUGACAGACCUCCCGCGCUCAUAUACCGCUGGACUGCGCUAAAGGCAAUGGAAACUGAUGCUACAUUUGGAAAUAUUUGACACUUUUCUAAAUGGGAUUAAAGGCAGUGCACUGUAAAAUAUUGGGUGAAGCUGUUUGUUUCCACAGGGGAUCUAUAUUGCGCGGGUUUUAUUGUACACGAGCGGUGGGAUUAUGGUGAUUGAAGAAAGUUGGGUUUUUCAAAAGCGACUUCGCACUGUGGAUUCACAAAAUGUUGAGAUAAAGCGAAUCCCACGGCUAUAGAGGCGGGCAUAUUUGGAAUUACACAGGACAAGGAAAUGCACGGAGUUUAAGCGCGUGGAACAGAAGUGCCCAGCGGCUGGUGCUGAAGUGACAGCUCCCGUUGACUUUUUGGUCACGGAUCAUACGAUGUUGGCCUGGGUUCUCCUCAUACUCCUUGAAGAAGGCUUUGCCCUGGCACAGAAAACAAGAGAGCUCCAGAAUGUGGACGACACGUCGAAGAACAACGGGCAGUGCGGCACCUGGAUACGGAACUCCAACGGGGGUCUCUUCACCUCCCCCAACUACCCCAACACCUACCCCCCCAACAGGGAGUGUGUUUACAUCCUGGAAGCCCGCCCCCGUCUGAGGAUCCAGCUGGCCUUCGACAAGACGUACUACAUCGAGCCGUCCUUCGAGUGCCGCUUCGACCACAUCGAGGUGCGGGACGGGCCCUUCGGGUUCUCGCCCCUCAUCAACCGCUUCUGCGGGCCCAAGAGCCCCGGUGUGGUCACCUCCACCGGACGCUUCAUGUGGAUCAAGUUCACCAGCGACGAGGAGCUAGAGGGGCUCGGCUUCCGCAUCAAAUACGCCUUCAUCGCAGAUCCAGAUUUUCAUCUUCAUGUGGGAGGACUUCUGAAUCCAAUUCCAGACUGUCAGUUUGAAAUCAGCGGCUCUGAUGGGAUCAUCCGCUCCAGUCAGGUUGAGGAGGCUCAGAAGAUCAAAACAGGUGAUGCUUUGGACUGCAUCUGGACGGUGCGCGGUCCCCCAAAGUCCAAGAUCUACCUCCGCUUCAUGGAGUACCAGAUGGAGCAUUCCAACGAGUGCAAGAAGAACUUUGUGGCGGUGUACGACGGCAGCAGCGCCAUCGAGAACCUGAAGGCCAAGUUCUGCAGCACCGUGGCCAGCGACGUGAUGCUGGAGAACGGCGUGGGCGUGGUCAGGAUGUGGGCCGACGAGAACAGCAGGCUCAGCCGAUUCCGCAUGCUCUUCACCUCGUUCGUUGACCCUCCCUGCUCCAGCAACACCUUCUUCUGCCAUAGCAACAUGUGCAUCAACAACUCUCUGGUGUGCAACGGCAUCCAGAACUGCGUGUACCCCUGGGAUGAGAACCACUGCAAGGAGAAGAGGGGCAAGGGCCUCUUCCACCAGAUCACCAAAACACACGGCACGGUCAUCGGCGUGUCCACGGGCGUGGUCCUGGUCCUGUUCAUCAUCUCCAUCCUGGUCCAGAUGAAGCAGCCGCGCAAGAAGGUGGUGGCCCGCCGGCCCGUCUUCAACAAGUCGGGCUUCCAGGAGGUCUUCGACCCGCCGCACUACGAGCUCUUCUCCCUGCGCGACAAGGAGGUCUCCUCCGACCUGGCCGAGCUGUCGGAGGAGCUGGAGAGCUACCACAAGCUCCGGCGCUCCUCCACCGCCUCGCGCUGCGUCCACGAGCACCACUGCGGCUCCCUGAGCUCCGCGGGCAAGCAGAGCCGCACCACGCUGGGCUCCAUGGAGCUGCCCUACCGCAACGACUUCUCCCAGCCGCCGCCCAUGAAGACCUUCAACAGCACCUACAAGAAGAGCUGCUACGGCUACAAGCAGGCGCACGACUGCGCGGAGCAGGUGAUCGAGGACCGCGUGAUGGAGGAGGCGCCCUGCGAGAUCUACGUGCGCGGGGGCGGGGGGGCCCACCGCAACAACAGCGACGUCGCCCAGGCCCGCUCCAUGUCCAUGGACUUCUGAGGAAGAGGAGGGGGGAGGAAGGGUAGGAGGGAGGGCAUUCCGACACAUUUAGCCUCUUUUUUCUUCUUUUUUUUUUCUUUUGGUCACAUGGGGAGGAGCACUGCGUGCUGAACUUGCCUCCUUUCAGAGACUCGACCUGAAAAAUAAACACAACUGGAAAAUGAAGACAUUAAGAGCACCGCGGCUUUUUUCACUCAUCUUACUGGAACAUUACCUUUACACAGUGUGAUUCUUAUGGCCAUAAUUUAUUUGUACACAUUUAUUACUAUUUUUCUUUCAAUAUUUAAAAGUCUUGUUGCUGCUUGAUUUUUUUAUAUCUUCUGAAUAGGCUGGCAGUACUUAUCGCAUGUGGGAUAUAUGAAGAUAGACAGAUGUGCUGUGCCCGCAAACAGCGUGAAGAACAGGAGUAUGAGGGCAAAUUGUACGGUGAAUGAAGGUGAGUGUGUGUCUGUGGUGGACACUGGAGAACACCGAGACCGGCAGCCUCAUGCACAGGACACGAUCCUCUACACUGAUUCGCUUUUCAGUUACUUGUUUUUGUUUUGAUUAAACAAAUUAUAAUCUCUUAUUGCAUUGACAUGUCUGUGUCUGUCUGUUCAUUGCCUCAGCAUUAGCUGUGUGACUGUAUGCUCAUAUGGACAUUGUUCCCACCAUAAAUUGAUUGAACAUUUUUCACAAACUGGUAAUAUAUUCAUCUGGUUUUAGUAUGCACGGAAAUUGUAAUUGAGACAACUAUAUUACAUGUUAAAACGCAUUUAAAUUAAAAUUAAAUGGAAUAAUUAUUUAAUGUCAAAAUGUAAUUUUUCAUGUCAUGCAUAUAGGUUAAGGUAUUCUAAAAUGUAUUUUAUGAUGUAUGUAAUUUUACAAAAAAAUAUAUUAAUAACACAACAUCUAUCGUAGUAACAAUAAUGUUUUAGUAAUAUACUGCAGAUAUUUUGACAUCAAAAAAAGAUUUAUUCAUAAUAUUUUUUCUUUCUGAUUGUGAACAUCUAUUUCUUAAUGAGUCUGGGCUAUGAAGUUUGGAAAAACAAAAGGCUAGCUCCUAUGAAGCUAUGCUAAAUAAACUCAUUUUCUUCGUAGAGCA